GGCUCAAAAACUAAAUCAUUCUAAGUCACUGUACAAACACUACUCAUAAUGUCACAUUGACAUAAGCAUACACAUUUUGAGGUUAUAUUAAACCACAACAAUGUUUCGUCGGAUAAAACUAUCACAAUUCUCGGUUUUCUCUCAAAACUAUACUACAAAAGUGGAACUCGAUGCUAGUUUGAAAGAAAACUUUGAUGCUAAAGUGUAUAAACCGCGAAAACAUCCAGGAACUACGCGUAUUAAGUUAGCCGCCAUACCACCAGAUAUACAAAAAGCUAUAAAGAUAAUCCUAGACGAUUCUAACGCCAACUCUCUAUACCAGGAUAGUUUAAAGCUAGGGAACUACCUCCGCUCGAGAUUGCUGCCGCCUGAAGAGGGUGAUAUUGAUAAAAAAGCCGCGAAAAUAUACGAUAGUGUGUCAAAGAGGGUAUACUCGAAAAUAACAAAAGAACUAACACAGCAAGAACAAGAAGACGUGAACAAGAAAAUUAAAACAUCUGUAUUCAACAUUCUAAAAAAGAAUAUUUACUCAUGGGCCAACAUUGCAUACGACAAAUCAACAAGUCUGCAGUACUUAAUGGUGAGAGCUGCUCCAGAUUACGCAAUACUGUUACGUGUUCUGGAUGAGAUUAAGAAGAAAUAUCCAGAUUAUAAGCCAAGAAGUUUCUUUGAUUUUGGUUCUGGUGUUGGGACCGGAACAUGGGCAGUAAACACAUUUUGGCAAAAUGAAAUAUAUGAAUACUUUUGCGUGGAUACAUCACCUGCAAUGCACGACCUGGCCCGUCUCAUCCUUUGCCACGGUAAAGAAAACCUAGAAAUGCCCCUAAAAGGUUAUUUCCAACGGCAAUUCCUGCCUGCUUCAACAGAUUUGAAAUAUAACAUAGUGUUGUCAGCAUUUUCACUAUUUGAAUUACCAAAUAUGAAGUCAAGAUUGGAAACUAUACAAAAGUUAUGGAACAAGACAGAAGAUUUCUUAGUAGUCAUUGAGAACGGAUCAAAUUCUGGUUUUCAAAUAGUCAAUGAAGCUAGAGAGUUUGUACUAAAUCUACCCGAGGGGAAAAACAAUGGUUAUGCUUUCUCACCAUGCCCAAAUGACAGUGUAUGUCCAAGAUAUUUAGAACAUAAAACACCAUGCAAUUUCCUUAUGAAAUAUGAGACUUUACCAUACAUUGCAAAGGAUGUACAAGCUGAGAUAUUUUCUUAUGUUAUUUUAAAGAAAGGAAAACGACCCGUGGACGACCCACAAUGGCCUAGAAUAGUACGAGCCCCUAUAGUUAGAUCUGGUCAUACAAUUUGUAGAUUAUGUACAAAGCAUGGUGAGUUAAAAGAAAUGAUAUUUUCGAAAGGAAAAUACGAUCAGACAACAUAUAGAUGUGCUCGAUCUAGUAAUUGGGGCGAUUCUUUACCCAUCAGAGAUUGUGAGAAUUUGAAAUCAAUAUAGAUUAUUUAUAAUAUUAUAUUUCUUUUUAUCUACAAAUUGAUCCUAACAGACGUGAAUCUUUAAACUUUUCAUUAUAGUUU